ACUCGCUCUCUUUCUUUCUCUCUCACUUUCCAACUCGUCAUAUCUUAACCACAGGCGCAACCCCAGUGAUUAAAGAGUGAUUUCCCUCUGAAUGGGACAGCCGAGUGGGACACAAAAACCGGCACAGGGAACCGCUUCACUUCUAAACGUGUACUGUUCGGCGGAAAAGUAAAGGAAAGAGCAACGGGAGACACUGAGCAAAGACGAAAAAAAUUAAAAAGGGAGAAAAGGAAGGAAAUAGCUAUGAAAAUGAACAGAAAGCAGCAGGUCUGAAAACAAAAAGUGAUCAUGUGCCAAGUGUUUUAGUGGAAGAUUUCUUUGUUGCGUACUUGGGGAUCCCUUUGGACAGUUGAUGCGUGUGGCUUUUUAGCAGGAGCGUCCUAAGAUCCACAUGGUCCCAGCAGCGUGAGAGCUUCCAGUGUUUGCCAGAAGAGCGUCCACCGCCCGCCCACAUCCUCACCUACCUCGCCAAAACCACAAGGAAGAUAAAUUAGGUAGCACGUCAUGAUGGUUGAAUCUGCAACAGAGACCAUAAGAAGCACUCCAACCAGCCAGAAUGGUGUUAGCAGCCUGAGUGGCCAGUCUGAUGGUGGCGGUGGUGGAGGGAGAGAUGGUGCCAGCAGUGGGGAGACCAAUGGGGAAAUGACUUCAUUAGAGCUUCUGCAUCUUCAGCAGCAACAGGCACUUCAAGCAGCUCGACAGUUCCUCCUGCAACAAGCAACGGGACUCAGCUCUCCAAGCAGCACUGAAAAUAAGCAGCCUGCUGUGCAGGUACCUGUUUCAGUAGCUAUGAUGGCUCCACAGAUGAUCACCCCUCAACAGAUACAGCAAAUCCUUCCACCUCCUCAGUUACAAGCCCUCCUUCAGCAGCAACAGGCAAUGAUGCUUCAGCAGCUCCAGGAGUACUACAAGAAGCAGCAGGAACAGUUGCACUUACAGCUGUUAACGCAGCAGCAUGCAGGGAAGCCACCCAAGGAGCAACCAUUGAGUAACAAACAACUGGCAUUCCAGCAGCAACUUCUACAAGUACAACAGCUGCAACAACAGCACCUUCUCAACUUCCAGAGACAAGGCCUUGUCAAUCUACAAGCAAGUCAGGGAACGUUACCUCUGCAGACACUUCCACAAGCUAUGUGUCCAACAGACCUGCAGCAGCUGUGGAAGGAAGUAACGAACACUCAGAAUUUGGAAGACAGUGCCAAGCAUGAAGGGCUGGACCUUACAACGAACAGUUCUAACUCUACCUCUUUUGUGGCCUGCAAGGCCUCCCCUCCAAUAUCUCAUCACCCUUUGCCAAAUGGACAGAACUCCGUGAACACCCCAAAGAGAGACAGCUCGUCUCAUGAAGAAAAUCCCAGCUCACAUCCACUCUUCGGCCAUGGUGAGUGCAAGUGGCCUGGUUGUGAAGCACUCUGUGAGGAUUUGGGACAGUUUAUUAAGCACCUCAACAGUGAACACGCACUAGAUGACCGCAGCACUGCCCAGUGUCGAGUCCAAAUGCAAGUGGUUCAGCAACUGGAAAUCCAGCUUGCCAAGGAGAGUGAACGUCUACAAGCAAUGAUGGCACACCUACACAUGAGACCAUCAGAACCAAAGCCCUUCAAUCAGCCUCUGAAUCUGGUUUCCAGUGCCACACUCUCCAAGAACACAUCGGAUCCCUUUCCCGACAGCUUACCUCAUCCUCCUACGUCAGCCACUGCUCCAAUCACACCCCUUCGGCAGGGACCCUCUGUUAUCAGCUCCUCCAGUUUACACAAUGUGGGACCUAUCCGCAGGAGGAUCUCAGAAAAAUUCACCACUCCCAUUUCUUCAGAACUUGCACAAAAUCAUGAAUUUUACAAAAAUGCAGAUGUUCGGCCGCCUUUCACAUAUGCCUCUCUCAUCCGACAGGCAAUUUUGGAUGCCCCUGACAGGCAAUUAACAUUGAAUGAAAUUUACAACUGGUUUACAAGAAUGUUUGCCUACUUCAGAAGAAACACUGCUACGUGGAAGAAUGCGGUGCGUCAUAACCUGAGCCUGCACAAAUGCUUUGUUCGGGUGGAAAAUGUAAAGGGUGCUGUCUGGACAGUGGAUGAAAUGGAGUACCAAAAAAGAAGACCACCAAAGAUGACUGGGAGCCCGACACUAGUCAAAAAUAUGAUAUCGGGUCUUGGAUAUGGAGCCCUUAAUGCCAGCUACCAGUUGAAGGGCCUGCUGGCAGCACAGAUGAGUCCUGGAGUGAUCGAGGCGUGCAGUCAGAGCUCCCCAGAGCCGUACCCAGCGUGGGGGUCUUUCAACUCAACUAUAGCUGCCUUGGCAGAAAGUAAUCUGCCACUGUUGAGUAGCCCCUCCCUGUUGAGUAAUACCACGAAUAGUGGGCUGCUUCAUGUGGGCCACGAUGACGUUAGCAGUACUGUGGAGCAGGUGAACAGUAACAGCAGCAGUAGCCCUCCACGUCACUCCCCUCCACAUCAGCAUUAUGGCCAGCAGAUACACGUAAAGGAGGAGCCAUCCGAGCUAGAAGAUGGCAGCAGACCAGUUUCAGCGUUGGCAGCAGCCAGUCAGAAUUUAAUGAUCCAUGAUGACAGGGACCUGGAUGAGGACAUGCCCGCUGAAGAUUUGGCGUAGGAGUUCUCCAGUGUGCACCUCAACUUUUAAACAGGGUCGGACCUUCUACUUGCUUUGCAGAAACUCACAACACUGUCCGUUCUAAGGCACUUAUACCGAAGCAUUACACAAUGGCACGACAAGUUCAGCUGCUACUGCAGACCCACAAGACUUGAAUAAAGCAUCUGCUCUGUAGCAGUUUAAAAAAAGUCGCAAGUGUAGUAAGUCCAACUUUCUCCUUUGGACUGAAAUUCACUUCGUCACCCAAGCUGAAAAAUAAAAAAAUUCAGGAAGAAACGUCUCAGUACAUUUCAUCAAGACAGCAACAGUUUUCCUGUCUCUUAACACCUUACUCAGUGUUAUGAAAAUAUCUUCGACAAACUGACCUCGCAGCCUUCUAAUGAGCAGCAGUACAUUUGAUAUGCUGCUAGAGAAAGGGGGUUGCAUAACUGUAUAAAAAAGACAUUGACUUUCUUGCAGCUUCAUUUUUAAGAUUUUUUUUUUAUGUAAGAGUAACUAUUACAAAUCAAGUUUGGGUAACUUCGUGGGAACAUCUGAGCAGACAUUACAGCCCCUGAGUCUCUGGAUUUUGAGUGCUGCAAAAAGUGCUGCUUGGAUCUUUUGGGUAGACCUCUUUAUGCCAAAGUCUGUCCUGGUCUCCCUAAUAGCACUCACCUCCUUGUGUUCAGAAACUGACCUGGGGCAGUCGCCAAAGCAGGCAGGGCCCAAGUAAAUCCUGCAAUCACUCAUGUUUUCCCUUUUUCAGCUGCUUCCAGGCACAGGACAGUUAUGGGUGAUAAAACAGUGGUGGUGGUGGUGUAUAUUUUCCCAUUUUGUUUUAGUUUGUCAAAGAUACCUCACUUUUGAUGCUGGGCACUGGCACACACAUAGCUUUAGGCAUUCCAGGCAUCAGAGAGCCCAGUCCCGGGUUUAAAGUCAUUGAGGUUUCCACAGGAAUGGAUUAAAAACUAGUUCUGUUUUUCUGAAGGAAAGUCAUUUUAGUGAAAUAUAGUAUUUUGUGCUCAUUUUUUCUUGAUGAGGGGAAUGGUAAUUUGGUUACCAAAAUGCAUAGUAUUUACCACAUAUGAAAGUGUUCAUUUUACAUUGGUUGAAAAGUCAGCAAAUUGUAUAAUAUGUAAACCAAAUGAGAGUGAGCUUUGUGACAGUUUUAUAAUGAUGAUUGUCUGUUGCUACGCUGUUUUCAGCUCGAUACUUAUGGUACUGUAACAUAUACAAAACACACACCUGCAUCUUUCAGUCGCCUUUAAAAUUUAGUGCCACAGAAGGUUUUUAAAUGUGGGUUGUGAACCAUUUUUGUAGCUUAUGGUGUUUUUGGAAUGGGGCCCUACAAGUGAAUUCGGUCAGUAAAAAUGUCCCACAAAAAUACAGGUUGACAGACUACUGUUAAUGCUUCUGUGUUGAGCUGUACUUUCUUUUAGUGGCAUAUAUUAUUAAAUAGUAUUGUUUCUCGGCUCCAAUAGCCUUUCUGCUAAAAUUUGGGCCAGUAAAUGCCUGUCAGUGGCUGUGGUAUUCAGAAAUGCACUUUUCUAUAGGCAGAGAAUCGAUCUUACAUUCUAAUACCCCAGUGUUUCCCUAAAUUUUUCAAAGUAGUAGAAGCAGAUUUAGUAAGGUUUCUGUGCAACAGCAACCCUGAAAACAGAACAGGUAGCAGGCAAGAAAUGAAGGGCGUGCCUAGUUUCCUUACACUAGCUGUAGACAUUGGGUCGUCAUAAAUUAUUAGCAAAGCUGAAGUAAUGUUUUCUUAUGGGAAAUGAAAUCCAUGUGUACGUCAAAGUAGGAGACCUAAAUGAUGUGAGGUCAUCCUGGCUCCAUGAUACAAAGCUUAUCAAGCAGUAUAUCCAGGAGAUUGUCAGCAAAACUGUAUGCUGUCUCUGAAAUACCAAGCAGAAACCAUAAGCAACAUCAGUGCAGAUUCUUGCUUAUAUCCACAACCUUUGACUUUGCAUUAUGAGUAUGUAAUCUAUUAGUCCAUCUACAUUUAGCAUCAAUUUUGUAAUUUUUUUCUCUGGUCAUUUUAUCACGUUACGUAUGAGGUGUUGUCAUUUUAUGUAUUCUGUGGAUGAAUGAGUUUAAAGUUCAUAAACCAGUUAUCAGUUUUUAUGGAAAAUGCAUAAUUUUCAGGCAGUUUUUGCACUGAGGAUUAAUGCAGGUCCCUCUUUUUUUAGUAAACAAAAAUUCUACACCAGUCUCCCCAUUGUAAUUUAAAAUUAUACAUGAAGCAGACAUCACAGUGAAAAUUUAAGUUACAAAAGUCUGAAUCUCCAUUUUAUGAAUUGUGUGGUUGAUUUAAAUCUGAUAUGUAACAGAACAUGUGUUACUUAGGCUUGUUGUUUAGUUAUGGUAGCUAUGCAUAGUGCUGAUUACCUGUGCUGCAUUUUUUGGUGUGAGUUAUCUCUCUCUCACUCUGUGCUUUGUACUUGCAUACGCUAGUUCCCAAACAUACUAAAUAAGUCACUGUUUUAUUUGUCUUUGGGUUCCAAAUGUGGUUAAGGGUAUUGAGCACAAUCCCCUUCGAAAUUAGCUUUUAUGAGCUUUAGUAUUCUCAGAGACAUCCCCUGAGACCUGUGUUUUAAAAAAGUUGGAGUUGCACUUAUUCCUUAUGAAUAUGAGUUGACACUGAGAGGCAGAGACAUUGUAAGGUGAACACCAAAACACUAUCAUUUGCACUGCAUGGGCUUAUGUUCAUUUCCAAGUACAAAGCAGAUAGUAGGUCUGUAUUGAGACUUAUUAAGAUUUGAUGGUAGUACUGACAGUUUAUUACAGAUCCAGACCAUUGUCAUUAAUUAUAAUUAGUCUGGUGUUCUGUUUUAUUCUCCUUUAUUAGUAGCAUGACUUCAUUGAUAAGGAAAGAAAUUCCAGAAAUACAAGAGCAGCACGUGAAUUGCAUUUCUUCCCCUUUAAUAUGUAUACUGACAGUACAGGUCAGUUUGUAGUCAGAAGAAGUGAGAACCAAAAAAUCUGAGCUGAAAGUUUAUCACCACAUACUUCUGGUUGAAUUCUUCAGUAUGCGUAUUUUGCCAAAGACCUUUAUUACGACAAGGUAUAUAAAGCUUUGUUUUUAGAAUCUCAUGCAAAUUUCCUCUGUUACUUAACAAAAUGAAUCAGAAUUAACAUUUAAGACAAUAUACUUUGUUUCAGCUUUGCUCGCCAGGUUUGGGUAAAAUAUUAAUAAUAAUUAAAAAUAGCCUUUCUGUAGAGAUAUGUUAAGUUUACAGGGGAAACAUGCUGCAGCUUGACCCUAAUUUUCUGAUCUGUAAUUUGUAGAGACAGUUUUUCUCUUUUUUUUCCUGGUGUGACAUAUUUCUAGAAAAUUAACGUGUAGUCUGUCGAUAUAUUUAGUCUGUCUUCCUUUGCUGUGAGGGAAAGCCUUCAAGAUAUGCAUAAUUGCGUUAGACGUUACAGUCUGUGCUCAUCAGAUCAAACCAUUUUUUUUCUUUUGCCAUCUAAAUGUGGCAAAUGUCUUCUGGUAGUUGAUAUUCUCUGCAAGCUGCAGCCCUACAUCAAGCCUUUGCUUUAUUUAUCUUCAUCAGCAAACACUCUCUGAAGUGCUAAUUAUGCUCUGCCACUGUAAAAGCCUCGUUGCAGCAACAUAUUGUUGUAGUGCAGAAAUACUAUUCAUUUGUUGAAAUUAAUUGAUAAUUUCAAGCUCACUAAUGGUCAAAAGAAAAUCUAAUUCCUAUUCUCUGAGCAUUGUAAAGGCCCACUUAAACUGCAAACUUCCUUGCUUUUUGCAUUUCAUUUUACCAUAAAUAGCUUUGAAUAAAUACAUUAUUAGUGUGGUGAUGUUGGGGGAGGUGGGGCUAGACAGACCCUGUUUAUUAACUGAGGAAUUAGAACAGACUGGUACAGGGCCUCACAUGUGAUGUAGUUUGCUGUGAUUUGUUUUCCUUCUGGUAGGCUACUCUAGCAGUUAAGUUUGUAGGAGAAGAGCUGCCUAAACUGAACAUUUAAUUUUCCUGUUUCUGUUGAUAUUUCUAGGACAAUAGUCGAUGCAACAAUGUUGAAAUAGUGUCUUGUGACUGUGAUGGGAAAUAAGAGAGUUCAGGUGUUGCCUUCCAAAACAACUUUUUUUACCAAAGCUGGGAUUAACAAAUACUCAUGGAAGCUGUAGUUCAGAAGUGCACAUUUUAUUUUUUUAGAACAAUGUAUCUAAAAUUAUAAAAUGCAUGGAAAAAUUUGUACCUACUUUUCCCAAAGCAGAGGACAGUAAUGAAAAUUUGUCUGGAAACUCCUUUUCAUUUUAAAGUCGGUUAUUUUUAACAAACAGUACAGUACAGGCAGUCUUCGUUUAAAUUUGUCCAAACAGCAGUGAGUCAUUUACAAAUGAAAUGAAUUUACUGUAAAGCAAGUAGUGUGCAAAGUCUACACUAGAUGUCACCACAAAACAGGCUUUGCACUACGUUUGCUUAGCUGAUUUUGACAAGUCUUAAAUGACGUUUGCGGACUGCUAAUUUUGUCAGUUUAUUUUCACUCUGCACUAAUACUUGCAGGGAGGGCAUUUUAGCAACUAUUACUAAGGUCAUAGAUUCUACCUGAAGUAGCUGUUAACCCCCCCCCCCCCAAAUAAAGCUUUGAAAAACAUUUUAGUCUACUACACAUGGUGCCCUAAUUAUGCUGUGUGAAGCCUGCAUAAGUUAUAUGAAUUCAUUAUGUAAAUGCCCUGGCAUUCUUCUCCCUUCGUAAGUUAUUUGCUUUGGUGUUUCAGUGUGUGACACCCUAGCAGAGACUGUUAUCAUGAGAUUUAGUGGAAGACAAGUAAUAGGUUGUGAAUGGUACAGAAGUAACAUCCAGUGUAGGCUAGUAAUAUUAGUAAUAAGUAUAAUGACAAGAUAUCACUGGUAUGUAAUGCAAGCUAAACUCCGUCUGAAAGUACGAUUUGUUUGAGUACUUCUUAAUGUAUAGUGUUUAAAGCUUAAUGUGUGCUAAUUUAUAUCCCUGAAAUAUUGUGAAGCCCACUGUGAAAACAUUUUAUUCCAAAUUGCUGAUCAUAGAGAAAUGUUGUAGCUCCUUCAUUUUGUUGCUUUGCUGUUCAUUUAUAACUCCAUACAUAACAUCCACAUUAUAAAUAUAAUUUUAAUGGUAGAAAAAGAAAACAUUCUCAGACUUUAUUUUUUACAACUGACGCAUAUAAAAACUAUUUGGUUGAGAGUAGAGGCCCUAGCUGUAAAGGAUAUAUGUUACAUGGAUGGUUUUAAAGUUAAUAUUUAAACCUCUGCCAUGGGUUAUCUAUGUAGUCUCCUUUGGACCCAUUGUUGUGUCCUUUAGUGUAUUAUAAAAACAUCACAAAGUUUGUCAAGUCAGUUUAUUACUUGAAUCUUGACAUACCUUUUGUAAAAAGUUAAAUAUUUUGAUAAAAGUUUUGUCCAGGGGUGGAGAGAAAGGUGGUCUUCGCUAUGUACACAUGGUCAUUUUAAUUGGUGUGUUAGUGAGAUUAGCAAGAUUGUUUGAAGUGUCUGUCUCUUUGGCUAUUUUCCUCACUAAAAGUUAAUCUCAUAGGUCAUUUAUAUGGUAUGCAACACAUUUACUGUAAAAUUUACUGUAAAUCUGUAAAUGACCACACCUAAGUCUGCUGCAGCGCUCAACAGUUUUGUUCAGUGCGUUGCCAAACACACUUGCAGUAGCAGUGUUUUUCACUCAUUUGCUUAAUCUUAAUGCCCAGUAGGCAGCAGAUACCUCUUUAAACAGCAAGACAUUGUCUGGUUAAGUAACUUGCUCAAAGUCAUGUAGCAUGUAAGAGAAGAUGGAAAGACUCAAACCAGGGCUAUAGCAAGCAUAAUAUGCACUGGCACUUCAUAACGUUUACUGCUAUACAGAAUAUGGGCAUGGUAUACCAUGUAUAAGUUUUCCCCUGUCGUGGAAGUAUUCCUUUUGUGCACUUUCCCAAGGUGUGCAUCUAAGGAAAGCAGCAUACCUAAGUCAUUAGGGCUGAGGUUCUAGGCUGCAGCAGGUCAACAAGUGGAGGUGCUGCUUCAGACCAUUUCCUUACUAUUGCUGAGCUACUGCAACCAAAUAACUACUCCUUAUAAGCUGUACAAAGUACAGAUUAUCUGGUUUGAGUAAGCUGUUCUGUGUUUUUCUUUAUUUUUGAAUUUACCAAAGACCAUUUUAGGACUAAUGGUACAGACCAAAUAUAUCUUUUAUUAAUUUUAGAUUUAGUUGUUACGUCUGUUAGUCAACAGUGUUAGUGUUAUUCACUCGUUAAAGCCAAAGUUACAUACUUUUUGUUUCUCAUUUUAGAUUUGUUGUGUGGGACUGUAGUACAUAGUUGUACCAACAAAUAUCCUUUUUAGGCUGAAUGACUUAUUGAUAAAGCAGUUAAGUCCACCUAUUGACUGUUCAUUGUUUAGAAACUGAAAAUGGGCUUUAUUUAUAAUAAAGUCUACUUUUCAUAAAUUGGGGAGUGCUGAUCUUUGUCAUCUUAUGAUGCUGAUUUGACAGAUUUAAUGAGUUAAGUGGACAUGAAGUCUAAAAGUGCCAUGAUAAAAAAGCACAUUAUGUAAAAUGACAAGGGCAGAUAUUUUAAUUUGUGGCUGAACAGACUACCAAAUAUUUUCUUUAGUUCCAAACAAUAUGUAAGAUGUGAAUUUGGGAUGCCUGUUCACAUUGUUAAGAUCCAAACAGAAAUGAUGUAUUAGAAGUCUGAUUGUAAAAGUGAGUGGGAGUCUUUCAUUAAAGUAUCACUAUAGCUGGACAUGUAAUCUUCUGCAUGGAUCUGAAAAGUUUCUAAGGUAAGCGUAGUCCCAGCUCAUUAUCAGCAUGUUAGUUUAGAAGAAAGGAGUUUUUCACGCGCGUGUGUGUGUGUGUGUGUGUGUGUGUGUGUGUGUGUGUGUGUGUGUGUGUGUGUCUGUGUGUAAAUGCACAGGUCCCCUUCACAUUGCCAACACUUCAAAAUGCCAACUUUCAUAUGGCUGAGACCAUAUGAUCGACAUUUGAAAUACUGACAAUGCGGGACUGGUAUCUCCGUACAGUGCAGAAUGGAAAGAUUUCCAUUCCUGCACUGUAGUGCGAUCUCGGAGUUGGUAUAUUUAAG